CAAGCCUAGUCGAGAAGACUGCUGUUGACCUUGGAUCACUCCGAUUGGAACGUAACCUCCGAGCAACUGGCGUCCCUGACCCUCACUGGAAGUGCAAGUUUUAAGACUCCCCCUAAUCCAUCUCUAGUAGAGAUUUUCUAUAGUAUAUAUAAGAUCCCUCAGCUGCCUCAACUGUACCUACCCGAAUACAUCAAAGGAGACACUUUUACUAGGAUGCGGGAUUUCUAGUACUAACAAGGAUUGUUAUAUAUUUGGGGGAAGCUCUAAAACUUGUACUACCUCUCUGACAUGGAUUGCAGUACAGGAAAUAAGUUCCCGAACGACACUCACGUCCAAACAUACGAUCGGAAUGAGUCGACCACUUUUCCCAGUGACGGAAGCGUGCAUUUGUUAUGGAGAUCUCUAAUUUUGUAGUUCCAGUUCGUUUUCGCUGUCGUGGUACUACUACUAGUUCCUUACUUGAGUUGUUCUCUCGUGCCAUGUUGUUAUAGUUGAAAGUUGUUAAUAGUAUCGUCUCGUGUCUUGUCUUGCACUUGCUUAAGCUAUUGUUAUUUCUCAAUAUCCACUUCACUUGAUCACUACUAUCGCUCUCAACCAUCUUAGUAGUAGCUGCACGCAUCCUGCUCGAUUACUUUUUGCCUCUUUCCAUCCGAGCCGAGAAAGGGCUCGUGUUCGGUCCUGAGAGUAUGACUUCCCAGUUGCUUUGCUGCCCCUUCUGCUGUGAAAGAUAUUCAUUAAUACUUCAUCCUAGUUGUGUACCGCAUCUCUAACUCCCCCUCACACCUGGGACUACUUUGAUUUUGUCUCAGCAGGCGACGGGCAAAAAUGCAUGGCUGGUGAGAUCAUUCAACAAGGC